CCAGCAACCCUUCACAUCUUCCGCUCCGCUUCCGAAGACUAUACGUCUCGACUGUUUUCGCACGCAGAGAAGGUCAAAGAAGAGUUCAAGCAAGGGCUCACGCUGCCUCCGUCUCUCGUUGAACAGGCAUCAUCUACUACUCUCUACUCGAAGCAUCUGCAAGAGCUUGACAUGAUGACACAGAAAGCGGGAGGGAACAACAAGCAGGUCGAAGCAGCAGCUGCAGAGGAUGAGAUCAUCGACGGGCAAGAAGAUGAUGAAGAUUGGAGUGACGACCGACUGCAGCUUCAGCCAGAUGACCUGAUAGAAGUAAUAGAAGAAGUGAAAGAGUUCAAGAAGCAAAACGACAACUACGACGCUAACGACGAGCUGCUAAAAGUCCUUGAAGACCAUAUCGAGCGCUUGAAGAAGAAGGAGCGCACUUUUCUCCCAGAACAAGUCUGCACUCCUUCUUUGCUGCAGAGUAAGAAGUUUAAUGCAAUUCUAGAACGGCCAGUAAACAAAGCCGCUGCUCCUAACGUCAUCAAGACGCUUCAGCUGGGACGUAAGCCAACUACAACUACAUCGAGCGCCUCGCAUUCAGCGAAUCAGUAUCAGCUCCAUCAGCAGCCGAGCAGCAAUGGAGCCUGCAGCACUAAGGAUUUUCUUAAUAAGUAUAUGUAGAUCCUCGCUCUCAAUCUAGUCAGUCUAAGUUUGUCAAGCUUUAUCUGCUACUGUUCAAAGCUGAGGCUUAAGAAAGUUGUCACUCGUUAGCUCCAUUCGCAGUUUAGGUUUAGACUGAUUCAAACGUAUGCAAGGACAGCUUUUUCCUGAAACUGAUGGACUAGCAUCGUCAUCAAGUGCAAUUCAUAUACUUACUCAUUCUCACGAGAUCGGUCCAUCAGCGUUUUUUUUUAUGAUCCACAUCCAUACUGACCUACUAAGAUUAGCCCAUAAGUGACAAUCGCUCGUGAUUGAUAAUUAGACUAGUGAAGAAAGUGACAGCAUCCAUUGCAUUCGAGUCUGAUUCACUUCCAAUGGCUACCACGCUAUAAGCCCGCGCUGGGUAAUAGGAGCGCAGUUAUAGCAUUUUGUUGGCCCUGCGUCACACUUACUUACAUACUAGCUUUUACACAGUCCCGCUAUAACAUGAGUUGAAAUCACAAACUCGCCCCACGAAGAAUACAAUGCUCAUAGGUUGCAUCUGCGCUUGUGUCUUUUUUAAGAAAGUAUCUUCUACUCUUAUUUCGGAAACCGAAGCGGCCGCGUCAAAGUGCUGAUAGCAUUGUAGUGGGCCCUAACUAUCAUACUGAUCUGAGCCUCCAACUUUUUUUUAGCGUGUAGUACCCAUGUAGCAUCUCCAAUUCCAUGCCUCGCAUUCAAGACUGUGCUUCUGUUUCCAUAUCAUUACUAGGGAAUUCGCGAUCGCGUAUGGGGUAGGACUGGACUGAAGUCCUCCUUGGUCAUCAGGAAGAUUCACGCUCAGUUUUCAGUUGCACUUGCAUGAUGUGGCGCACGGUUC